CAUAAUUCCCGCGAAAAUUUACGUCCCGCCUUCAUUUAACUACAGGAACAGGAAAACGUUAUUAAAUGUUCUUUCAUUUUCUAAUUAUAAUGGAUAUGUAUAUGUGAUUUAAUGCCUUGUAGUGAAAUUAUAUUGGAAUACGUUCGAAAAACUAUUCGCGUGGAAAUUUAAUGAGAUUUUACAGGGAAAUAGCAUUUAUAAAUAUUGAUCGCAUUGUGAAUUUUGUUGUUUACAAAUUUUACACGACUUGAAAAGUUACAGGAAGUUCGAAAAUAUAUACAAUAACUUUAUGACAAAUUAAAAUAUGUCAGCAGAAGCGGAAGAUGGGGGACCUGCGUCCCCCCGUGCUAAAUAUGGAUCAAUUGAUACUGGGGGAGCUCACAUGUCAGCUGAUGAAAUGGACGAGCUUAGAAAAAAGAAUGUAGCAUAUGAAUAUUUAUGCCAUUUAGAAGAAGCAAAAGUAUGGAUCCAAGCAUGCAUUAAUGAAGAGUUACCUCCUACAACAGAACUAGAAGAAGGUUUGAGAAAUGGUGUUUAUCUUGCCAAACUUGGUCAUUUCUUGGCUCCCAAGUUUGUACCAGUCAAAAGGAUUUAUGACAGAGAACAAACUAGAUUUCAGGCUCGAGGAUUACAUUUCAGACACACAGACAACAUCAACCAUUUCUUUAUUGCAAUGGAAAAAGUUGGUCUUCCUAAGAUAUUUUACCCAGAAACAACAGAUAUUUAUGACAGGAAGAACAUGCCGAGAAGUAUCUACUGUAUACAUGCCCUCAGUUUGUUCUGCUUCAAAUUAGGAAUUGCUCCACAGAUACAAGAUCUUUAUGGAAAAGUACAGUUUACAGAAGAGGAAAUAAGUGCCAUGAGAUCAGAGUUGGAAAAAUAUGGAAUUCAAAUGCCGGCUUUUAGCAAAAUUGGUGGAAUACUUGCAAAUGAGAUGACAGUUGACGAUGCUGCAUUGCAUGCUGCCAUUAUUGCAAUAAAUGAGGCAAUAGACAACGACAAUGCAGAGGAAACCAUGACAGCGCUUCAGAACCCCUCAGCGUUGUUAAAUCAAUUACAUGGUGAAAGUGCAGAAAAAUAUCAAACUUUAUUGUUUGCAGCAAAGGAAACUAAAGCAGAAGCAGCAAGGAACAGGAGUUUGGACAAGAAUUUAGAGCAUGAUGUUUAUGAUGAGUAUUUAACCCAAGCUGAAAUUCAAGGAAAUGUUAACAAAAUUAACACUGUUGAGGCUUUAGUGAGAGUUGAUGAUGCUUUAUCCAGAAAAGACAAAGAUUUAUUACUACAGCUGCUAAAAUCACAUGAUCUUGGUAUUCAUAAUGUCAAAGAUGAAAAUAUAGACUUUUAUAUCAUACAUCUGGAUGAGGCUAGGGAUAAUAAAAUGAAUAAUAACACUGAUAAAGAUUCUGUUUUGGGAAAAGAAGAAAUCCAGGAGGCAGUCAAUCAAGGCAACUUAGAUGCUGAUGUAGAAUAUCAAAGAGCUUUAGCAGUAACAAAUAUAAAUUUAGCAAUAGCAAAUGAUGAAGUAGAUCAUUUGGUGAAAGUUCUACAGAGCCCAUCGUCUCAACUUCCUCCAGUGUUUGAUACAGCUGGUUCAUUAUAUAUGGAAGAAUUCAAAAAUAUGAAAGAUGAAAAACAGGAUGAUUUAGAUUACGAUGAAAUUUAUGCAGCUGUAAAAGUGUUGUCAGCAGUAGCAGCCAUUAACCAAGCUUUAGAUGUAGGUGACCCUGAGAGGACAUUUAAAGCUUUGUGUAAUGAGGACGCCUGUGUUCCUGAUCUGGAUGAACACAAUAUGGAAAAAUACCAAAAACAAUUAGUGUCUCAGAAGGCAACUAAAUCUGAGGCUUCAUGUGAGUUACUGACCCAUUAUGAAAUCUGUACCUGUAUUGAAGAAAUCAAUCAACAAGUAACAGAGGAACAUGAGCGAGUGUUGGCGAUAGGAGAAAUCAACAAAGCCUUGGGAAAAGGAGAUCCAACUGUAACAUUUCAAGCUUUGGAGCAGCCCUCUGCAAAACUUAACUCAAUUGAUGAGAAGCAGUCAUAUCGCUAUCAUGUGUUAUUGGUUCGACAGAAACAAGAAAAAGAGAAAGAAACUGGAGAUGAGGAUGCAGAACUAUGGAUUGAAGAAAUUCAGACCUCUAUAGAAUCUGGCAAUAAAGAUGCUGAAACUGGUCUCAAAAUGUCUAAAGGUCUGUUUGACAUAAACAGUGCUAUAGAUGGCUUAGAAGAAAAUCUUGGAGAUAGUUUGCAGAAUCAAGAUCUUGGACUACACAGUAUAAUACCUGAAUGUAUGGACCAAUACAAGGAUGGACUACAAAAGUGCCGGGAAAAUAAGCUUAAGUCAGGAAGUGGAGGCAGUGGAUGGAUGAUGAACAGACUAAAGGAUGGAUCAAAGUUUUAUUACAAUAAACACCAGGAUACCUUUGCCUGGGCUAGACCUGAUGAUGUUGUCAAAGAUCAUUCUUUAUUAACAAAAGAAGAAAUACAGAAAGUGAUAACAGAUAUUACUUCAGCUCAUGACAGAGGACAGUUUUUGAAAGCCAAUGAAUCAUUUGUGGUAAAGAUACAAUCUCAUACAAGGGGUUACUUAGCAAGGAAGCAGUACAAACAAAGACUUCAUUUCAUGCAAACACAAAUUCCUGCUGUUGUGAAAAUACAGGCUGCAUGGAAAGGAGCUAAACAGAAAAGAAAAUAUCAAGAAAGAUUGCAGUACCUACAGGAUAAAGGAGACACAGCUAUUAAGAUUCAGUCAUUUGUCAGAAUGUGGAAAGCUAUGAGGGAUUUCAAGAAGAGAUUACAAUACUUUAAAGAUAAUGAAGCUGCAGUAGUCAAAAUCCAGGCAUUCGUCAGAUCCAACAAAGCUAGGCAUGAUUACAGAGCAUUAAUGAUGGAAGAAAACCCACCUUUAAAUGUUGUACAGAGAUUUGUUCAUUUAUUGGAUGCUAGUGAUGUCGAUUACUCAGAGGAAAUAGAAUUACAGAAGUUACGUCAGAAGGUGGUUUCAGAAAUUCGAUCAACGAAACAACUAGAAACUGAUUUAGAUCAAAUGGAUAUCAAAAUAGGUUUACUUAUUAAAAACAGAAUAUCUUUACAGGAUGUAGUUAGUCAAGACAAGAAACUAUCUAAAUACAAAGAAGACAGAAGUAUCCCCAAAGGUCUGAAGGCCCUGAAUAAAGACUGUCAUGACCGUUUAGAAGCUUACCAACAUCUGUUUUACUUAUUACAAACUAAUCCUACUUAUCUUGCCAAGCUCAUUUUUGAAAUGCCACAAAGUAAAACAACAAAAUUCAUGGAAUCAGUUAUUUAUUCUUUGUUUAAUUAUGGAUCUAACCAACGUGAAGAAUAUCUCCUUAUUCGACUCUUCAAAAAAGCAUUAGAAGAAGAAAUUGCAUCCAAGGUAGAUAAGAUGUCAGACUUCGUCACAGGAAACCCGUUGGUAGUGAAGAUGAUUGUUGGUUUCAACAGAAAUCAGAGAGGUCAGAAUGCUCUAAGAGAUAUGUUGAGUCCUUUAGUCAACAGUGUAAUAGAAGAUAAAACUUUGAAAAUCAACACUAACCCUAUUGAAGUAUACAAAGUUUGGGUAAAUACCACAGAGUCUACAACUGGUGUAACAAGUGGCUUACCGUAUGAUGUUACAACAGAACAAGCCUUGAAACAUGAGGAAGUGCAGGUAUUGAUACAGGAGUCGGUAGAGAGAUUACAAGGAGUAUCUGAUUUCUUUCUGACAACUAUAGCUAAAUCACUGGAUAAGAUACCGUAUGGAAUGAGAUAUAUGGCAAAAAUACUGAAGACCUCCCUUAUUGCAAGGUUUCCAGAAGCUGCUGAAAAGGAUAUACUCAAGAUUGUUGGUAACCUGUUGUACUAUAGGUACAUCAACUCAGCUAUUGUAGCACCAGAUGGAUUUGGUAUCAUUGAUGUAGGAGCAGAAAUAAAACUGUCAAAUGAUCAGAGGAGGAAUUUGGGAUCUGUGGCAAAGAUACUACAAUUUGCAGCUUCUAAUAAAGGAUUUGGUGGUGACAGCUCUUAUUUAGCAAGUAUGAACAACUACAUCAGAGAGGCUCAUGAAAAAUUCAAGAAGUUUUGUAUGGAAGCUUGUGAGGUACCUGAACCAGAUGUAUGGUUUAAUGUAGACCAGUACACAGAUCUAGUCACCAUUACCAAACCAGUCAUAUAUAUAUCAGCACAGGAAGUCUGUGAUACUCAUCAGCUACUACUACAACAUCAAGAUCAGAUUGCUCCGGAUUCCCAGGACUCCUUACAUGAGUUAUUGGAGGAUUUAAGUGAUGUUCCCACUGUCAUAGAAUUAUUAGGUGGAGAAAUCCCUGAGGAUGAAAAGAUACAAGAAAUGUUGAUUGCACAGCUGGGUAAAACUGAAAUUUCACUCACUUUGACAAACAAAUUUGAAGUUCCACAAGAUGAUCAAGCUGAUGUCAAACAAUUGCUGAUCAGGACAAAGAGAAUGGUUGUUGAUGUUAUAGCCUGUCAACCAGCAGAAAAUGUAAAGCAAAUGUUAGAAAAUCCCUCUACAGAUGAACAGGAAGAUAUACAUCAAGCUAUUGUGAAGAAAAGGGAUGUUAGAGACAAGAAAAUGACAGAAUCUCAAGGCACUGGAGUAGUACGUCAACAUUCAAUUCUAAGUGAUGCAAGAAUGCCAUUAAGCAUUAUGAAAACAAAGAUUACCAAGAAUUUACAGACUUUAGAAUUAGAGCAAGUAGUUACAAGAAAAAACAACUAUCAGGAUAUAAUCAAUAUGAUUGCUCAGGAUAUCAGGAAUCAAAGACGAUAUAGGAACCAACGUAAACAAGAACUAAUGAAGAUCAAACAAACCUUAAAAGGUUUACAAGAAAAGAGGAAAUUUUAUGAAUCACAGAUUGACUAUUACAAUAGAUAUGUCAAGACAUGUAUAGAUAAUUUACAAAAGAAAAGCAAUUACAGAAAGUCUAGAGGACUAUUUAAACGUGGAGAUGCUGAUGAUAAAGAACAUCAUGAGAAGUUAAAGUAUAGUGGUGCUAAAUUGUAUGAAAAGGGAAUAGUCCUUGAGAUAGAAGGUCUCCCUACAAAUCAAUUUAAAAAUGUUCAGUUUGAAAUUACUGGUACAAAAGAUCCUGGAGUGUUUGAUGUCAAUGCUAAAUUCAUGGGCGUAGAAAUGGAUAAAGUGGAAUUAAUUUUUCAGGAUUUACUUCAGUUGCAGUAUGAAGGUGUUGCUGUAAUAGAAAUGUUCAACAGAGCCAAGAUCAAUGUGAACCUGCUGAUUUUUCUGGUAAACAGAAAGUUUUACGGCAGACAAGGAAAGUAACCUGGUUGUAACUUAUGUCUAACACCAUGACAAGCUCUAAACCUUGAAAAAGUUUAACUGUAAACAAUUUUGAACUUUUACGGCAGUUUAACCUAUGUGCUAUAUAUGUAACUUUGUUACACAAUGAUAUCUCUACCAAGGUUUAUAUCUGUGUAUUUAUUUACUUACAUUAUUAUUCAUUAUUUCAAAGAGGGAAAAAGUCUCUCUUCCAUUUUUUAUAUGGAUUCAAAAUUUUGCAUUUGUAUAAUCAUGCUGUCGUUGUCUGAAAACAUUUGGUUUCUGACCAUAACUUGAGUAUAGUUGUUGGGAUCGCUAUGAAAUUUUACCACAAGUUCCAUACCACUACAGUUAGGUUUGGAAUGAUUUUAGGGGUGUCCUACUCAAUAGGUAUUUGGGGCCAAAAAUAAGCAUUAUCUUGUUUAGGACAAUGACUUGUGUAUUAGUGUAUGGAUUUCAAUGAAAUUGCACCAUAAGGUUUCAUACCUCAAAAGGAAGAUUGGGAUCUAUUUAACGGGUUAAGUCCCAAACCAUUUAGGAAAUGGGGGCCUUAGAAGCUAGGAUUUUCAGGUUUCCAAACAAUGAAUAAAGUAUAAUUCUAUAGAUCAGUAUGAAAUUUCACACACGGUUCCAUAUCUUAAAAGGAAGGUUGGGAAUGAUUUUGGGUGAUUUGUCCCUAACCAUUUGGGAGAAGGGGCAAAAAAUAAUACUUUUUUAAUUCAUUGUAUAGAUUAACUAUUUUUUGAACCAUUAAGAAAUAAAUAAAUCUAAUUCUUGUUUUAUUUGGAUUUAUGGUCUGUUAAUAAGUUAAUGUAUUACACUCUCUGUGUACUUGGAUAUGCUGAAUCUAACUGUGUCCUUUAGAUUUUGGAUAUUUGACCAUAACAGGUAAAUCCAAUUUUCAAAUUUUUCAGUUCUUUAACCACAUUCAUUAUGUGAGAGAAAGCUAUAAUGUGUCAAAUCUUUAAUCACAAUUUAUAUACAGAGCUGUAUCGUGCUUGAAUGUAGUGUUCAUACUUGCCCCAACUGUUCAGGGUUACUCUGCUGUCGUAUCUAGCUGUUUUAGACGGAGCAUUUUAUUUUUAAUGCUUAAGAAAUUAUAUAAAUAUGUUAUAAAUUUAAUAUUGGAUUCUGUUAUAAAGGUAUUUUAUACAUUAUAUUAAAAUGUCCAUGUAUAUGCUAUAUUUUGCUCAAUUGAACAUUUACAUUUGACUGCUAAAACAGUCGAAGACACUGCUGGUCCAGUAGUUUCUGUUAAUUAGAAUAAAAUCUGCUUCAAAUAGGGGAUUUCUAGUUUACUUUAUAGCAGUAUGAUGGCAGAAAUAUUUUAUUUCAUUUUGAGCAAUUUAUAUUUUUAGAAUUUUGUCAAUGUAAUGUUAAAUAUAUAAAUGAAAUUCAGUCUGGUAGAUCUGACCUUCUAAAGCUUUUUGCUUAACAUUUGUAUUUUAUAUAUAGUGCUUUGUCAAAUAAAUAAAUAAAUAGAAGUAACAUACUGUGGAUUCAUUUAUAUUCGUUGGAUAUCAAUUUUCGUGGGUACAAGUAAACCACAAAUUCAAAUGUUUAACGAAUAACAACUUUUUCAAUAGACUUUAAAUACAGAGUUUGGCAAAACUGUGAAUUCAAAUAUCCACAAAAAUGCAAGUUUUUUGCAAUCCACGAAAAUUGAUACCCACAAAAAUAAAUGAAUCCACAGUAUGCUUGAUUUAAAGACUAAAUUCUGUGAAAAUUUUUACAGUCUGUCUUAAACAACCCUAAACAGAAAGUGUGUGUGCUUACCAUGGUUUGCAUUGGCAACAUUCAUAGCCAGUAAAUAUGUUCAUAAUUGAAUAUUGCUUUUUAAACAACAAUUUUUGGGAUAUUUUUAUUUACGAAUUUUCUCAACAAAUUUUUUUUUUUAAAGUUAUAUUUUCAGUAAUGUGCAUGGUAUUUUGAAAGUUUCAUUGGCGUGAAGCUAGAAUGUGACAGUUGUAUGUACACCAUAACAGAAAGUUUUCCUGCUGAAGGUCAAUGGUUCUUUCUUGGCACUCUUGUCCACAAUGUCACAAUAAUGCUGUAUGUCUGAGUAUAACACCAAUUAAUCAAUAAAUUUUAAUUUUCAAACAAUCAAAUACUGUUGAUUCAUUUUUAUUCGUUGGAUACCAAUUUUCUUGGAUUUCGUGGGCACAGUUAAACCACGAAAUUUAAUGUUCAACAAAUGAUAAAUUUUUUAUAGGUUUGUAUGCAGACUUCAGCAAAACCACGAAAUUAAAUAUCUACGAAUAUGCAAGUUUUUCUUAAUCCACGAAAAAAUUGGUACCCACCAAAAUAAAUGAAUCCACAGUACAGUAAAUGUCAUUAUUUGAGCAGCAGAAUAAUAGCUUUAAUUUUCAGUAGUUAAUCCUUAAUAUGAAAGAUUUAAUAUAAUGCAAUAAUUACAUUACAUGUAUGAUUCAUUAGAAAUUUUGAUUGGCUGAAAACGAUUGCAUGUCACAAUAAAUCAUAUUUUAUAACCAUACAAAAUACAACUGUCGCAAUUUUAAAAUUAAGCAUUAAAAAACAAAUAAAACACUUGAUAUAACUCUCACUUUCAUGGUUGUAGCAUAAAAAUAUAUUUGUCAGAAUUGAAUGCUUCUUUUUAUAAUUUUAUAGGAUAGUAAAAGCGUUGAUCGUAUACACAUUUUUUAAUAUGGAGCGUUCAAUUCUCAAAGCACUUAUACAAAAAUGACGUGACCAUUUCUUUUUUUUAUUAUUUUAAGUAAUUUAUUGUAUAUAUCAGAUACAUUUUGUUUCUGAAAAUUGGUGUCAUUUUAAACUACAACAGGUAAUGGGAUAUAAACAGAAGUAUUUUGAAGAUUGAUGGAUGAUGGGCAGAUUAACCAGACUUCAGUGUAUUUUAAAAUGUUAUCAGUCUGUCUGCAAUUUGUUUUGUUAAUUUAAAUAUAAUUUACUUCAAAUAUAUGUGUACAUUUUCAAUUUGCAGUUAGAUGUCUAGAAAAAAAUAGCUUGAGCAUUUUUCUUUUUUUGUUGUUGUCAUUUUGCUUGUCUUUUGCACUUAUACGCUAAUUGGAACAAGUUUAAAACCAGGAAUAAAAUAAUAAUCCUCUCAAUCAACCAUGAUUUAAUACUGGAUAAAGAAAACAGAAUGUCAAGAUAUUUAAUCAGAAUUUGUACUUGCAUGCAUGACGCUUGCCAUAUGUGUUUAAAUAGUUUUUGGUAUCUUCCUCCCUUUUUCUAGAAAUUGAAAGUACACAAAAAUUGACAGGAAUUAUCAAAACAGUGCCAUGGCAGUUGGUAAAAAAAGACUUAUCAAUAAUGUGCUAAAAAGACAGUUUUCAUAUCUUUUCUACAACGUUCCCUAGUUUAUAAAUAAGGGAUAAUAAUUGAUUGUAUAUCCUGUCUAUGUUACAGAGCUACCAAUUGAUAUUUAGGGGGGGCUAGGAUGAGAUAUAAAGGGGGAUAAACUAAAAAAAAAAUCUUCCAACAGCCUCUCCCCCCCUCCCCUAAAAAUCAAAUAUCAAAUGGUAGAUCCUUUGUACUUCCAUUGUCAAAAAAAUUGUGUUUCCUUGUUAUCAUGAAUCUCCAUUGAAUUUGAAUAAAAAUUCCAGUCUAAUGUUCUUGAUAUUGUUUAUUUUAUAUUAGUGUUGUCAAAUUAUAUCAUUCUGUAUGAUUUAUACCAACAUCUUACUGUAACAACCAUUAUUCACUCAAUUUUUAUUUUACAAUAUUUGAAUAAGUAUUCCAUUUGAAAUAUGACCAAGCCUUUAAUUGUUGGAUGGUUAGCAUUUUUACAUUAACGUCCAGUCAAUACUUAGUUAAAUUGAAAUAACUAUAUAAAUUGUAACUGGUAUAAUCUUACAACAUAUUUUUAUUGUACACACCUAUACAUGUAUUGCAUAUAUUAUGUUUACUUAAGAUUUUUGCCUAAGCUGAUAGGAAAGAUGUAUUUAUGCUAAUAAGUUGUGUUAAAUGGGAAUGUUUUCUUUCUUGAUCAAGUUCUAAAACAACACAACAUCAUUAAAACGUUUAGCUGAUUUUACAGAGUUAUCUCCCUGGAGUGUUAGGUACCACCUUAAAGUACCACUUCAAUGUAUUUUAGAAUUGCUGAGAUAUCAUUAAAUGACAAAGGUCUGAUUAUACCUGUUCCACAUUUUUUAUUGAAUUUUCUGUCCAGAUGGUUUAUCAUUUAACUGUUGACAAAACUACUUUAUAUGGAUAUUUUUUUAAUAUUGGGAAAAGUUUGGAUCAACUGAUAUUAGUUGUAAGAAGAAAGCCAGAAUCUUAUAUAAAAUGAAAAAUCACCAGAAAAACAAAAACUGCCUCAACCUUUUUAGAGGAAUUUUGAAUUAUCAAUUCAAGAUUCUUUAAGAGAUUCUUCAAUAAGAGUUUCCCAUUGUUGACAUGAAUCUCAGUUUUGAUAUACAAAGAUUAUUUUAAAAGUGUAUUCCAAAUAGUUUUAUUUAUGAAAAGUAAAAGCACCAGAAUAGCUGUCUUUCGAGGGAACAACUUUUCACACUUCAUUAUGCAAUACUUUCUGUCGCCUUAAUCAAAACUCGUAUGAUAUAUUCACUUGGUAAAUUUCAAUGGUAUUAUCAACACAAUCUGCAUAACUAAUUUUUACAUUUUUGAUCAAAAUUUUAACCUUAAAUUUAGAAGAAGAAAAAUAUCAUACUCAUACUCAUUCUCAUUUCUUGUAACAGUAAGGAACAAUAAUAUAUAACAAUCGAACUGUUGCAAAGAAAGAUAAGAAGAUCUGUGGAGAUAAGAUCAUUACCAAUUUACAUUUUUAAUCUUUAAAGUCCCUUUAUGGAAAAUAUUUUUAGGAUUCAGUCUCUCAACUGGACUAUUUUAAGUGUAAAAACUUUUUAAAAAUAAUAAGUACCCUUUAGCUAAAUAAUUUUAGGCAAACAUAUUAAGCUAAAUAUUAACAUAGAUCAAAAUUUUGAAAUUUUCCAAAAAACAUCGACACUAACAGUUUUAUACAAUUACCAGUAUGUUUUUUCCAAGGUAUGAAACUCAACUUGAAAAAUUUGAAGUUAAUCUAGUCAUCUGUUUAUUAUUUUCUUUUUUAUUUAUAUGCUGUAUAUUUAUGAUGAGUGUUCUCUUUUAUACAUUUGGAAGUUCACAGAGUGUUCUUCCAUCAGUGGAGGCAAAAAUAUUGCUCAGCAGUGCUUGAUAUAUUUUUUAAUUGUACAAUAUAUUAGUGAUUUCUGACAGAUAUUACUAUGCUUUCUAAGUUUUUUGAAGAUGUUAAAACCUUUUGGAAUUUAAGUCUUACUAGAUGUUUUUGAUUUCACAUUUAUAUAUAACAAGUUCAAUACAUACCUUUUUAAAUAUGCUUUUUAAUAAUGUAGAAGAUUAUUAUAAAUUUUGUGAUUCAACAUUGUAUGUUACAUGCUAAGGGACCAAGAAAUUCUCUCUUGUAUUAAAAUUUUUUUAUGUGUAGUUCAGAGAUCGAUUGAGGUAGGGGGCCCUUGUGAUGCUUCAUAUAGGGUUCAUGCUAAGACUAUUAGCAUGUUACACUUUUAAUUUGUCUCAUUUAUGGGCCCCGUUUCCAAUAUCCUUGAUCCAUAUCUGUAAAUUGUUUUAUCAUUAAUAUUCCUGCAAAUUUUGUGAAAAAAUCAUUCCAAUAAAAAAUGUUUUAAAUUUUUUUUUUUUAUAAAUGAAAAAAUCCUCCAAAUGUUACUAAUACUGACUAAGCAUGCACAAGAUUUUUUUAUUAGGUUAAAUAAACAUUGAUAUACAUGUACCAUUAUCAAAUUUUCCUUUUGCAUAAAACUGAUUUGUUGGCAAGCUCAUACCCUUACAAGAAUACAUUAUGCUUUUAUUAAUUUUUUUCUAUGUGAAUGAAACAGUGCAACUGUUUUCUUCAAAUAUGCAAUAUUUUCCCUUUAUAUUUCUCACAUUAGGUGCUACAGUUGUAUUUUUAAGCUUUUUGCAAUUUAUAUUUAGUAUAAAUAAACAGUCUUGCUGUUA